AUGGAGAAGGAAUUCUUAAAGAGAAAAAGUUUACAUCAAUGCUACCUUUUUUCGCCUGUUGUGGGACACAUAAAAGGAAUUAACCUCAACAAUUGUGUUGACUUAGAAUAUAUUGACAAUCACAUAUUGGAUGAUGGAUCUGAUGAUGGUCGAGGUGAAGCCUCACCGGUGACAAGCCAGCCUUCUCCCAAUAGAAGUCAAAAUGCUCCUGUAUAUGCUAUGCCACCGCCUCCUGCAAUGGGAGAAAGUGCCGCGCUAAAUCAAGGUGAUGUUCCAGUUUAUACGCCUGGUGAAUUUAUUCACCAAACAUUAGAGGGAAUAAAGAAAACAGAUAUAGAAGUCGCAGUCGGUCUUUUAGGUACAAGACUUACCGCAUUUCUGUCCCGGACUGUUUUGAUUAUGACAUACUUAAUUAAUAUUCCAAUUAUAGAGUAAAAUAUACAAACCAAAAAUAUGUAGGGUCAGUAAGAAGAUGUGAUCUUUAAUUUUUCUUGACAUGAUGUAAUCUGUUUUCUUUGUCUACGUUUAUGUAAUCUAACAGGUUAUUGGUUAUAUUUUGACAUGCUUUACGUUUUUUUUUGUUUUUUUUUUAAUUUUCGAUACUAGCAAUGCGACUAAAAACGUGAACAUGGAAGACAAAACUUUAUUUUAUCUCACUCUUGCCGUAAUUAAGACAAGUCACACAGCAAAUAUGACAUUCAGUCUAGUAAUUCGUUGGGAUGUUAAAGUGAAUUUGCAAAACGUAUCUUUUUUUUAACUUGAAUGAACUCAUAAUCCAAACUUAGAUAAUUCUAUUGAAUCUCAAGAUAGUUUUUGUUUAAAUUGCAGUUUCUUUUUAUUCAUUGUAACAAAAACUUGUGGAAAACUUGGUCCUAACCUAACCUAAUUGAGUCCAUAUAUUUGUAAAUUGAAAAAUUUUCUUUUGACAUCAGCGGAUGUAAUUUGCAAUAAUAAAACUAAUUUUUUCGAAACAAUUUCCAACUCAAAUCUUAAUUCUUAUAGAAUUUGACAACCAUUAUUAUUUAAUAAUUGCUUAAAAUUAUUGAAAAAAUUUCCAAUUUUAUUUCUAACCUAUAGGGAAACAGAAUUUAAAUCCUUUUAUUGAUGCUGUGCUUUAUGAUAGUAAUAACAACUUUGAUUAUUAACAUUAAUAAAAAAUAAAUAUGAGAAAUUGGUAAUAUAAUAGCAAAUACAUCUUCAAAUAACACCUCAACAAUAAAUAAUCAAGUUAUGUUCAAAACUUGUGACAAGAACUGAGCUAAUAUCUGGUACAUUAUAUUUGUAAAUUGAAAAUUUUUUUUGACACUGACGGAUGUAAUAGGGCAUUUUUUAAAACUUGUUAUAAUAUUUGGUUCUAAAUUAAUUUUUUUUUGAACAAUUCUCAACUAGAACUUUACGUACUUCAGAAAGAAUUUGACAACCAUUGUUAAUUUGAAUAAUUGCUUCAUAUUUGAAUAAUUGCUUAUUUGUCUUAUUGCAAUAAUGUCUUACUGCGCCGUCUCCCUUCGAAGGUUGGCGAUCCAAUUGGUUAUAACUACGCGCAAAAUGGUGGCUCUGAAGAUCUCGCUCGAUGUUGUGCCAACCAGGUUCUUGAGCCAAGAUUUUUGUCUUCUUUUCCUCCGAAUUUUUCCUUCAUUGAUAAUCGUAGUAUUUCGUUUCUGACAUGUUUCGUUCACAUGUCCAAUGUUCGUUAGUUUAUCCUCUUUGAUCGUUAACAUUAAUUCUUUUUUUGUCUGAAUUAUGCUAAGAACUUCGGUGUUUGUUGUUCUUUUGGUACAGGAAAUACGUAGUAUUCUCCGUUAAAGGUACAUUUCAAAAGCUUGGAUGCGUUUUUCUAGCGAGGGUUUAAAAGUCCAGCUCUCACAGCCGUAGAGUAAAAUUGAAAAUACAGAACAGCGCACCAUUCGGAUUAGAUGUCCAGAUACCGUCUGAUAAAGAAGUUUGUCAUGCAGAUAAACAUCUUCCUAGCCUGAUCAAUUAUUUAUAGGACCGCAUUUUUCUAAUAGUAACUACUAUUCAUUAGUGCAGCCAGGCAUCUGAUGGAUGAUAACUGUUCAAUGAUUCUGUCAUGUAUUCGGAGGACAGCUUGUGUUUGUUAUUUGGAGAAAACCAUAAGUUUCGUUAUGGUGAACGUUCGCUACAUACUACAAUAUCUAUAAUUUUUUGUAGUUCCAUCACGCUGCUGGCAAGAACGAUUGUAUCAUCGGUAUAUAUUAUAUUAUUAAUUAUUUUGUCGUUGAUUAUGAUUCCUGGGAAAAUGUUUUCUGAGUACAGAUUAAAGAGAAAUGAGAACAAUAUACAUUUCUGUCGGACAUCUAUACUUAUGGCCUAUCUUCUCCGACAUGUUGCUCUCCUCCCUUACUUGAGCUAUCUGAGGCCAAUACAUUUCUGCGAUAAUUCGUAAGUCACCCUCGUCUAUACCUGUUACUUUGAGUAUUUCUGCUAGUUGUUCGCAAUUAAAAGCUUUGCAAUAGUCUAUAAAGCAGUAGUAUAUUUUCACAUUCAUCUCAUGGGGUUUUCUAUGAAAAUAUAUUGAGUGAGAAUAGAGCCUCACGAUUUCCCCCUCCGUUUCUGUCGCCGAAUUAGGUGUCGUCAACAAAUCUCUCAAAAAGCUUAAUACCAAACCGUCUUCGUGUACCAGGAGCCGCAUAUACCUCAUCAGGUCCUAGGGCCUGGGUUUUACUAUCUUUCUAUAAUAGGACGGCAUGUUGUACCUCUUCUUUAGUGAUAACAGCACUUAUUUUAUUGAUCUGUUUGCCAUGUGGGGGUCGCUAAACUUUUAUAGGAAUAUGCAAAAUUCCAAAUAUGUGCAUGAAAUAUACACAAUGUGCAUUUUGCAUAUUUGCCAAAGUCUAGAUAUUAUCAAUGCAUUAUGAUAUAAAAACAGGAAAGAACAGCGGUGGACAGCAACGGUAGAAAAAGAUAAUGUCUAGAUGAAGACGGGUGUAGUAGUAAAUUCACUGAAUUUUGAGCGUUGUCGCCAGGUUUAGUCAGAGUGUCAACUAUUAAAUGUAACUGAAUUUUAUCUCCUCUUGGACAACUAUAAAUUUGGCCGGCUGUCAGGAUCUUUGCAAAAGAUUUUCAGUACAAUUUAAAGUUAAUAAAAUUUUUUUUUAUAAACUAUUGUCCAAUGUUUGUUUAUCAUUUAUAAAUUUUUAUUCACCUACGUUCAUGGUAAACUGUUUACCUAUUUAGAACAUUUGGGUUACUUGUCAGAUUUGCCUAUGUAACUUUGCCUGUGUAACUUCUAUUGAAGUAGAAUAAGUUGAGUUUGUUUGUAAUAAAUCACGUCGUCAAUUCCAAAUUUCGAUGUUGAUUGAAUUGUCGCGGGUUUUAAUUAGUCUAAUAAAUUCUACAGUUCAACAAAGCGCAUACUUUCUUCUGUUAUUUUCUACAAGUAACCGAUAAUCUUCCAGUGCAGUACGCUUUUAUUUUUUACAAACCAAAUAAAUUGGUCUUAGGCCGUUUUUGGCUUUGUCUUUUACUUCAAAUGAUUUUACGUCUCUAACUUUUUUUAAAUGAUUUUCUUAAUUUGUUGUGUUUCGAAUGGAAAAUGAGCAUGCCCAAGUGAUAACCGAUAACCCGAUAAAGUAGUGUCCCACACUUUUGACAAAUAAAAUAAGAGCAUAAGUAUGCACGGUAUAAUCAAUAAUAACAUAACUUCAUUAGUAAUAUUAUAAUUAUGUUAUAAGUUUAAAUUCUUUUGUCUCCAUUUAUAUAUACUUCGGUCCAUCCUACCGAGCAACUAUUGUAACAAAAUAUACUAGUAUAAGUUAGUAGCGACGCCUAUAUGAAGUCAGUAGACUUCUUAUUUAAUCUUUAAAAUUUAAGAAAGCUGCCAAUCCAAUCUUACUUUAAGCUACAGGACGAUAUUAGGAAUAACCUUUUAUUCCGACAAUACAUCAGCAGUUUACCCAUGCAAAAACACCAUCAUUUGCACUUUUGAUGUAGAGGAAAAGCGUUACAAUCUAUAUACAGUAGACUCGCGAUUAUCCGAGUCCCGAUUAACUUGCCUCUGGAUUAACCGAGGUAGUAAUUGAAAAGAACUAAUUAUGUAAUAAAUUAGCUUAAGAGUGAUAUGAUAAAGUGAAAGCGUUGCGCUGGUUGUUGGUAUGCUGAAGAGAUGAGUCACUAGCGAGUAUUAUUGUUCCAGUCACUUCUACUGGCCGCCUCACCAGCUACUCCUCCACCCGUCAGUUUGAGUCAUAACAGCUAGCUGUUCGGUUCGGUUUGUGUAGUUUCUAUGUAACUUGAAGUGUAAUAUAAGUUUAAAAUGUUAACGAGUUGCGGUUUCUUUAGAAACAAAAUUAAGUGCUUUAAAACUCUUGGAAAAGCGAUAAGGGUGAAUCAGUAAAUAGGGUUGCUGCUGACCUAGGUAUUGGAGAAGUGAUUGUGGAGACGUAAACGAAAAGAUAUUGAACAAUGAACAAUGAAAAUUAUGAAGAAAGGAGAAUACGAAUAGACUUCUCAAGCCUUAUUUUUAUGGUUUUUUAAUCUUCGAGAGUUAGAAAGUCUAAUUAGCAGCACCAUGCUUUAAUCUAAGGCUGUCGAAUUUCACAAACAGUUUACGGAAGGCGAGGGAAAUUUUACUGCAAGUGAUGGUUAACUGGAUGGAUGGAAGAAGAGGUAUGGCAUCCGACAACUGAACAUUUCGACAAAAGAGUAACUCUUUUGAUGUGUAGCAACUCUUCUGGAUCAUUAAAAUUAAGACCAUUGGAAAAUAGAAGAAUCCAAGGGCCUUUAAAAAUAUUUUAGUAAACCGCCUACCCACCAUGUACAUGAAUCAACGUAGUGCGUGGAUGGAUUGUUAAUUUUUUAAAAAUUGAUUUUUUGACGAGUUUGUUUGCGUUGUUAAGGCCUACUUAAAAAAGAAAAACCUAUCAAGAAAAGCUAUUCUUCUUUAGGACAACGCGCCAUCUCAUCCAUACGCAAGUUCGUUGGCUAACGGCAAUAUUAAAGACACUAAAGCUGUUUUCUUGCCACCAAACGUCAGAUCUCAAAUUCAACCUCUGAACCAAAGAAUUUUAGAGGCUAUGAAACGGAUCUAUCGUUGAGGGCUUCUCUAAGUGUUGUUGGCCAGAUUGGAUCAGGGAAAGACUGUGACAGCAGCUCUUAAAAAAUCACCGUUAAGGAUAUUUCUUACUGGAUAGCUUCAGCGUGGGAUGAAGUAAGAGAAACAACUGUGCAAAAGUCAUGACGAAAGCUUUUUCAAAUUGAAGCGAAAAGUGAUAGAAAAGAUAACAAUAACUUUAUUGCUGAAAUAGUAGACCUCGCUAAUAAGUUACCAACGGAACUAAUAAAUUAUGGAGACGUCAAUGAGUGUAUUAUGCAAGAUCAGCAAAUGAAAUUGACUGAUGAUGCAAUCGCCGACAUGGUUAUCAACCCACACAAUGUCACUGAGGAUGACACAGAUGAGAUAAUCCAGCAAAUAUCUCACUCCGUAGGAUUGAAGGCGAUUGGAACUGCCCUCGUUUACAUUCAGCAACAGGAAGAGUCAAACUCUACCGAUGUCUUUCAUCUUCAGCGUUGGCGAAACAUUACAGCGUUAAAAGGAGGCCAGAAGUUGACGCAGAAAUCUAUCAAAGACUUUUUUAAAACAAGAAGACGGUCCAGUGCGUAAUUAGUUUCCUAUCUAUAUAUUUUAACUAUGUACUGUGGAUAUAGGUUUACAUGGUUCAAUUGUCCAUAAUAAACGAAUUAUAUACGAAUUAAAUUUUUUGUUUAUUUUAAGUAACUACCCGAUCUCCCAAUUAGCUCGGAUAAUUGUG